AUGUCAGACAAAAGUGAUUUAAAAGCAGAACUUGAACGCAAAAAACAACGUUUGGCUCAGAUAAGAGAAGAAAAGAAACGGAAGGAGGAAGAAAGGAAGAAAAAAGAGGCUGAUCUACAGCAGAAGAAGGAGCCAGCUCAGGAAGAUUCUGACCUAGACCGUAAAAGAAGAGAGACAGAAGCUUUGUUACAGAGCAUUGGUAUAUCCCCAGAACCACCUCUAGUGCAGUCGCUGCAUGUGUUAACAUGGGAUACCUGUUAUUUUCAUUAUUUAGUCCCAACCCCUAUGUCUCCCUCUUCGAAAUCAGUGAGCACACCCAGUGAUGCAGGCAGCCAGGACUCAGGGGAUCUGGGACCCAUAGGAAGGACCUUGCAAUGGGACACAGACCCCUCAGUGCUGCAACUCCAGUCUGACUCUGAACUUGGACGCAGACUGCACAAACUAGGGGUGUCAAAGAUUACCCAGGUCGAUUUCUUACCUCGGGAGGUGGUAUCUUACUCCAAGGAGACACAGACACCUCUGGCCACACAUCAAUCUGAAGAGGAUGAAGAUGACGAAGAGAUGGUGGAGCCAAAAACACAGGAUGACUUAGAGACAGAAAAUCAAGACCAGAAGCAGGAAGUGAAAGAAGCUCCUCCUAGAGAACUGACAGAAGAAGAAAAGCAACAAGUUCUCCAUUCAGAAGAAUUCCUGAUAUUUUUUGACCGCACAAUACGUGUAAUUGAGCGAGCUUUGGCUGAAGAUUCUGACAUCUUCUUUGACUAUAGUGGCAGAGACGUAGAAGAGAAAGAUGGAGAUGUUCAAGCGGGAGCCAACCUUUCCUUUAACCGGCAAUUUUAUGACGAGCACUGGUCAAAGCAUCGUGUGGUUACAUGCAUGGAUUGGUCUCUUCAGUAUCCUGAAUUGAUGGUUGCAUCUUACAACAAUAAUGAGGACGCUCCACAUGAGCCUGAUGGGGUAGCCUUGGUGUGGAACAUGAAGUUCAAGAAAACCACACCAGAAUAUGUGUUCCAUUGUCAGUCCUCCGUGAUGUCAGUCUGUUUUGCUCGCUUUCACCCAAACCUGGUCGUUGGUGGAACAUACUCUGGCCAAAUUGUCUUGUGGGAUAAUCGCAGUCACAGGCGCACUCCUGUUCAGAGAACUCCCUUAUCUGCUGCUGCUCACACGCAUCCUGUGUAUUGUGUGAAUGUAGUUGGAACACAGAAUGCACACAAUCUUAUUACUGUCUCUACGGAUGGCAAAAUGUGCUCCUGGAGCCUGGACAUGCUCUCAACUCCACAGGAGAGCAUGGAGCUGGUAUACAAUAAGUCCAAACCAGUGGCGGUCACAGGAAUGGCUUUCCCAACUGGAGAUGUCAAUAACUUUGUCGUGGGCAGUGAAGAGGGAACAGUCUACACAGCCUGUCGUCAUGGAAGUAAAGCUGGCAUUGGUGAAAUUUUUGAAGGCCACCAAGGACCUGUCACAGGAAUCAAUUGUCACAUGGCAGUGGGUCCAAUAGACUUUUCCCACCUCUUUGUCACAUCAUCAUUUGACUGGACAGUAAAAUUGUGGACCACAAAGCACAACAAGCCGCUCUACUCCUUUGAAGACAAUGCCGACUAUGUCUACGAUGUCAUGUGGUCGCCAGUGCAUCCCGCGCUCUUCGCCUGCGUGGACGGGAUGGGGCGCCUGGAUCUGUGGAACCUGAAUAACGACACCGAGGUUCCCACAGCCAGUGUCACCAUAGAAGGAGCGUCUGCCCUCAACCGUGUCCGCUGGGCCCAGGCUGGGAAGGAGGUAGCAGUUGGUGAUUCAGAAGGCCGCAUAUGGGUCUAUGAUGUUGGAGAGCUGGCUGUUCCACACAACGACGAGUGGACGCGCUUCGCCCGCACCUUGGUGGAGAUCCGCGCCAACCGAGCCGACAGCGAGGAGGAGGGGGCGGUGGAGCUCUCGGCAUAG